GUCCUUCGUGUGUGUCUGACAACAUAGGUUUAGGAUCAGUUCAAUGGACAGGACAGUGAUAGAGCACUUCGUAGCAUUCAGAGAAUAACAACAUGUGUUACAUGUAGCCUGUUGGUUGUGAAAUUGUAGCGUUAUAUGUAUCCGAGUCGAGUCCCAAGCGCUGAAUCUGUGUCAAUAAAAAUGUCGUCUGUAUGUGGCACGGGUAACGGCGAGUUUGAUGGCAAAAACUCAGAUCAUGUUCACUCCGAGGACAUGGAACACCCGCGUGCAUUAAUUCCCGAGCUUUGCAGACUGUUUUAUCAGUUAGGGUGGGUAACUGGAACUGGUGGAGGAAUAAGCGUAAAGCAGGGUGAUCAUAUCUACAUUGCCCCUUCUGGAGUACAAAAAGAGAGAAUUCAACCUGAAGACAUGUUUGUUUGUGAUGUGGAGGAGAGGGACAUUAGCUCCCCACCCCCUUGGAAGAGGUUGAAGAAGAGCCAGUGCACUCCUCUGUUCAUGAAUGCCUACACCAUGCGAUCGGCAGAGGCAGUCAUUCAUACUCAUUCAAAAGCUGCAGUAAUGGCAACACUGCUGUUUCCUGGAAAGGAGUUCCGCAUCACUCACCAGGAGAUGAUCAAGGGCAUUCGCAAGGGAAAUUCAGGCACCAACUACAGGUAUGAUGAGAUGCUGACAGUUCCCAUCAUUGAGAACACACCUGAGGAGCGGGACCUUAAGGAUCGCAUGGCCCGGGCUAUGGAAGAGUACCCAGACUCCUGUGCAGUCCUUGUGAGACGCCAUGGUGUCUACGUGUGGGGUGAAUCUUGGGAGAAGGCUAAAACAAUGUGUGAAUGCUAUGAUUACUUGUUUGACAUCGCUGUCCAGAUGAAGCAGUGUGGCCUGGACCCAUCUGCCCUCCCCGCCGAGGAGAAAGGCAUCCUUUAAUGCCUGUCUUUGACGGUGGAACUGAAGGAUUAAGGCAUGAAUCCUGCUUGUCUGCAGUGAACAUUUUUCUUCCAUAAUCCCAGUGAUCAGUCAAAAGGAAUUGCUUAGUGCUCCACUACUUGCACCAAAGUAUUGUGGCAUGUGAUUUGUAUUAAUAUAGACUAUAAUAUAGAGUAUUUAAAACCUUUUUAGAUCUGCCAAUUGGGGCACAGACUCUGUUACAGUCAUAUUACUUAAUUACUUAAAUCCAAUGAUUUAAAUACAAUUUUUUACACUGAUUUGAGUGUGCUCAGGGAUGAACACACAUUCAUAAAUGUAUAAAUGUA